GCGGAGUCCCUCGACUCGAUUGCCUUCAGACGAUGUUACUCCAACUCUCCAUGGAUUGCGGGGCCCCGCCUGAACUUACUCUCCGGUGCGGUGAUGAUCUACCUUCGUGUCUGGGUAUAAAACCUACGAGAUGUACCAGGAUCCAGUGCGUUCGAGAUACCAUCCCCGGGAUGAAUGUGCCACUUCCUGUCCACAAAAUUCAUUCGCCCAAAAAUCAACAUGUCCUUAGACCCCGCAAAAAAGCCACCACAGCAUCUUGAAGACACAGGCCAUGUUGAUGCGGAGAAAUCGGAGCAGGACAACGUCCUGCCGCCGGACUGGACGGCGACGGAGAAGAGUCUUGUCCGGAAACUGGAUAUGACUCUGAUGCCAGUCGUCUGGGUGUUGUACAUGUUCAACUACCUCGAUCGAAACAAUAUUGCUCAAGCACGUCUUAACAACUUUGAGCGAGAUCUCGGGCUUGAGGGAACGGACUUUAACGUCGCAGUCUCAAUUCUGAAUGUUGGAUACAUGCUUGCGCAGCUUCCAUCCAACAUGAUCCUUACUCGCGUCCGUCCUAGUGUGUAUCUUCCAUGCUGCGUCAUGGUAUGGUCCUGUGUCUCGGCCGCAACAGCAGGCGUCAAGAAUUUCUCGGGUCUGAUCGCCGUGCGGUUCUUCCUCGGCUUCGUUGAAGCUCCAUUCUUCCCGGGUGCCUUUUACCUUCUUUCAUGCUGGUACACUCGCAAAGAACUGGCCCUACGGACUGCCGUGCUAUACUCUGGUCUGACGGUUGCCACUGCGUUUUCUGGCUUGAUCGCGGCAGGCAUCUUCGCCGGUCUCGACGGCGCUCGCGGUCACACGGGCUGGCAAUGGCUCUUUAUCAUUGAAGGUGUUGGGAGUUUCGUUGCUGCCAUCGUGGCAUUGGCUCUGUUGCCGGACUAUGUCGACUCCGAGUCAGGUAGUGGACGAUGGCUUCUCACACCGCGCGAACGUGAGAUUGCUGCGGCUCGCAUCGCUGCGGACAGGGUGUCUGUUCCAGAGGCCAAGAGCUCGGUGUGGUACGGUGUGUCGCUCGCAGUCAAGGACUACCGGACCUGGAUCUUUUUCCUCAUGCUCUGCAGCAACCACACAGCAUAUGGUUUCAACAACUUCUAUCCCAGCAUAGUCCGCGGCUUCAAGUUAGGCUCCAAUACGACGACCCUCCUCCUCACAGCGCCGCCCUACCUAUUUGGUGCUGUUGUCUCCUUCCUCGUCGCCUUCUCCUCUGACAGGCGCAACGAGCGUGGGUUCCACAUCUCAGUUCCAAUGCUCGUUGCAAUAGUCGGCUUUAUCAUCUCUGUGGCCACUCUCAAUGUCCCCGCCCGGUACUUUGCCUCCUUCCUCUAUGCCAGCGGUGCAUUCGCCGCUAAUGCAAUGGUCUACUCGUGGGCCGCGAGUGUUCUCAACGAAACACCCGAGAAACGAGCGGCGGGUACAGCAAUCAUAAACCUGCUUUCACAGUUUGGGAACAUCUGGAGCCCUUAUUUCUUUCGUGAUCAGGAUGAGCCCCGCUAUGUGCUUGCUAUGCUGCUUAUGAUGGCGUUUUCCGGCGUUAGUAUUGCCUGUGCGCUUACGAUGAAGGUUGUGCUUCGGAGGAGGAAUGAGAAGUUGCUAGCCGAGGCGCAGGCGGAAGGGAGGGACGUUACGUUGUAUACUCUGUAGGAUCGCUGCCGCACGGUUUGGAUGUUUUGGAGAGACUUGAAUUGGUGCUUCUGGCAGGUAUAACAAGAACUAGAGGCACAUUUGCUCGCGCAUGAUCUAAUACGUAUGUGCUGCCGAAGACUGAAGCGACUGGGUGACAAGUAAUCUGACGGUGACACGGAGUCUCGUCACUCUUCGAGACCCCAAACUCGAUAAUCCAACAUGAGACAGAGUGACUCGGCCAUGCCUCCAAAUAAGCUGGUGAGGGGAGAUUUUUGAGUUUAUUUGAGCACUUGGAUAAAAUAUGAAGCCUUAUUCCAUGCUUCCGUGCUGACAUCAAUGAGUUG